AAGAGCUAGCUAUAACAAAAUGAGUGACAAAAACAACAUGGUUAUAGCCUCCAAAACAGCCACUGGUAGUUCUUCAUCAUCUUCAAGAAUGUCCACAAAAACAUUCUCGGGACUCGGAAACCUCGUCAAGCUCCUUCCCACCGGCACUGUCUUUCUGUUCCAGUUCCUCAUCCCUGUCGUAACCAACAGCGGACACUGCACCACUCUUCACAAGUACCUCACUGGCGCUUUCCUUGUCGUAUGCGCAUUCAACUGCGCCUUCGCCUCCUUCACCGACAGCUACACCGGCAGCGACGGCGAGCGCCACUACGCCCUCGUCACUGCCAAGGGGCUUUGGCCUUCCCCGGCGUCGGAGUCUGUUAAUUUAUCGGCGUAUAAGCUCCGGUUCGGGGACUUCGUGCAUGCGUUCUUUUCGCUGGUUGUGUUCGCUGUGCUUGGACUCCUUGACACCAACACCGUGCGGUGUUUCUACCCGGCGUUUGAGUCCGCUGAGAAGAUUCUGAUGCAGGUGGUGCCACCGGUUAUUGGAGCAGUUGCUAGUACUGUUUUCGUUAUGUUCCCUAAUAAUCGCCAUGGAAUUGGUUACCCUACAAGCUCUGAUUCCAACGAUACCCAACACAAGUCUCAGACUUGAGAAUAUCUCUGUUUCAUAUAUAUGCACCAAUUUGCAUAUUUUGGUCGAGCUUGAUUUAUACCGAUUCUUGCAAUGUUUAUAUGUUAUUCUUAAUCAUUCAAAGGUUUAUUUUAUAUAUUUGUUAAACAGAAACAUGUUGCUUCAAUUUUUUUUAUUUUAUUUUAGAUGCAAAGCUUCUUAAUUAAGAGAA